AUGGAAUGGGAGGAGGAGGAGGAGGAAGAGGAAGCGGAGAAGGAGGAGGAGGAGGAGGAGGAGGAAGAAGAAGAAUUGAGAAGCUUCUUAGAAGAUUCCGAUGAAAUAGCUUCGUCAAAUGGGAAGGAAGGAGAAGUAGAAAAAGAAAUUAAAGAAAAAGAAGAAGUAGUAGAAAUAGAAGAUACAGAAGAAGAAGGAGAAGUAGAAAAAGAAGUUAAAGAAGAAGAAGAAGUAGUAGAAAGAGAAGAUAAAGAACAAGGAGAAGUAGAAAAAGAAGUUAAAGAAGUAGUAGAAAGAGAAGAUACAGAAAGAGAAGGAGAAGUAGAAAAAGAAGUUAAAGAAGAAGAAGUAGUAGAAAGAGAAGAUAAAGAAGAAGGAGAAGUAGAAAAAGAAGUUAAAGAAGAAGAAGUAGUAGAAAGAGAAGAUAAAGAACAAGGAGAAGUAGAAAAAGAAGUUAAAGAAGAAGUAGUAGAAAGAGAAGAUACAGAAGAAGAAGGAGAAGUAUAA